AUGGCGACGUUCUCUUUCUUGAUUCUCCUCAUCACCUGCGCUUGGUACAUCCCGACGUUCGCUUAUCCUCUCCCAGCCCCUCGUCUCUCUUUAGACGACGUCCCAUUUCGGAUACGAGAUGCCAAUGCGACGAUUGGCAAUAGUCUCGAUGAGAUCAUUGCCAAUGUUGCGGCCGCGGACGAUCCACUGCUGACCGUCAAAACGUCAACUGGCACGUUUGCAGGCGCCUACAAUGCGACAUCUGGGGUCUACCACUGGCUCGGCGUGCCUUAUGCGGCGGACACUGGUGGCGCAAACCGUUUCAAGGCGCCGACAGAGAGGGACGUUCAGGAUGCAGACGCGCCUCAGGAUGCGACAAAGUACGGUCUCACGUGUCCGCAGUACCUCACCAGCGGUUCCAAGAUGGCGGGAGGUUUUGCAGGGAUUGUCGUGCCUCUGAAUCAGGGCGAAGAUUGCCUGAGCGCAAAUGUGUGGGUGGGGAAAAAUGUGCGGAGCAACACGGACAACGGAGCUGGCGCGCCCGUCAUGUUGUUCCUCUACGGCGGUUCCUUUACAUGGGGAGGCACAAAUAACCCUCUUACUGAUGGCAACGAGGUGGUACGCAACCAUGACGACGUCAUAGUCGUCACGGUCAACUACCGCAUCAACAUCUUCGGCUUUCCACGGAACCCGCAGCUACAAAGUGACGCAAAGGGUAUCAACCUGGGCCUCUUGGAUCGCGAUUUCGCAAUUGACUGGGUGCGAGACAACAUCGGAGCCUUUGGAGGUGAUGGACAGAGAAUCACGCUGUGGGGUCAGAGCGCAGGGGGAAGCUCCGCCGAUGCUUGGGCCUUUUCUCAUAGUGGCCAGGACGGGCUUCCUUCGUCUGACGGCUCUGGGGUCACGGGCCUCAUCAUCGAAUCUGGAGCCGUUCAGGGUCUGAGUGCCUUCAUCUCGGGCAACGACUUUCCGGCGCCUUCGUCAAGUCUCUCCAGCUGGAAUCAAGUGGCCAGCAAGGUGGGAUGCGGCACGGCGGGCGACGACGCUCAGCUGAUCUGCAUGCAGUCCAAAGCCUUUGGCGACCUUGUCGCAGCGAUAGAUUCUACCGGCCAGAAUUUCGCUCCCACGCCCGAUGGAAAGACCUGGUUCAGCGACUUCGAAGUACGCGCGCAGAAGGGCACGUUCGCAAAGGUCCCAAUGCUCAUCUCCAACAAUGCAGAUGAGGGCACAAUAUUUGGCCUCGUAGCCAACUCGACCAUUGCCACGGGGAUCAGCGGUGCUCUCAUCACCCCGCUCGUGUUCCAGUGUCCCGCAGCAGACUCAGCAGCGCUGAGAGUGAGCGCGGGCGUGCCCACGUUCCGCGCAGUCUACUAUGGCAAUUGGGACGAUGUCAAUUCGGGGCAUCCAGAGCUCGCUACCUACCACGGCAGCGAGAUCGAAAUGGUCUGGGGUUCUGCGGGCCCAACACCUGUCGGUUUGGCAACGGGCGUCUACAAGGGACCGACGACUGUCGACGUACCCAAAGAAGAGAUUGCCACAGUUGCCUUUUUCAUGAAGGCCUGGACCAGCUUUGCCAAAGAUCCCGUCAACGGUCUGCCUUCGCAGGUAAGCUGGCCUAGGUACGACCCCAAUCCACUCUCCCAGACCGUCGCUGCGAUUUCUGUCAAUAAUUCCGGCACGGUCCAGUGGCAGACGCCGCAGCGCCUCUCUUGCGGCCUCGACAAUGGCGUGAAGAACCUCCUCAGCCAGCUCUUCACCAUACUCGGGGGCUGGAUCUAG